AUGGGGGCAGAGAAGACGUUGGGCCGCAUGGUCGCCGAGAAGAAGUCCGGCAUGUACACUGCAGUUGCUCUAGGGCAGGUUCUGUUUUCGCGGCACUUCACAGUGUCCAGGCAGGUGAACCCCUACUCCGCAACAGUCAAGCCGGAACAGUCGACCAAGCUGUUCGCCUCUGAGGACGGGACCCUUUCUAAGGUCGCUAAGACGGUGCCGGAGCCGCAAGAGCUCAUGACAAUGCUCGAUGCCUUGGAGGCCAACAAAUUCGCCUUCAUGGUGGGGCUAAAAUGCCGAGGUCGCCGAUUACUUCACGUGGUGGCAGGACCUUGUCCGCGACAGCCCGCAGAAGUUCCCGCAGAUCCGUAA